CCCUAACAUUGCACUUUACUCCAGACCCACAAUAUUUCCAGAUCUUUGGAAACCUUAACAACUCUUGCGUUUGCGAUUCAGCAUUGGAACUUUAACCAAUUCAUAUAAACUUUUGAACAGACGUAUGAGGAAUUAAUUCUCUUUUCGUAAAACCGGGCUGUAUACAUUUAAUUAAUCUUCUCUAGUCAGGUUUCAUACUACCUAAAGUUCCCUCACAUCCUCAAACAGGAGAUCUUGGACUCAGCAAGUUUUAUACCUAUCCAAAUAUUCACAUCAGCCACGGUACGAGCCACACAAACAGUUCAUCAUUCAAUUUAUUUCAAGUCGCGUUGAGGCUUGCCAGGGACGCGACUUUACGCGUCUCAUUAUCGCGAAGAGUGUGAUCGCGUAUGGAGUCAUGACAUAUGCCAGCAAUAGACAUCUCCGAAACUGACUAGAAUUCUUCACGGAUAAGACAUCCAUAUUCUAACCCUUUACUCAAACAUAUUACCGGGUCCUGCUCCUUUCAAGCACCUAGUCAACUAUGUCAUCCAGGGGCUCCUCUCCCGCUUCAAGAUCAUCCGGCUCUUCGCCAGAUCCUGAUAGUCGCCAUAGUUCAUUAGUUAUCCGAGAUAAAGGAAAAGCGACCGAGAGCACCUCCAAAAGAAAGCGGGAAUCAACUAAUGGCGCAGAACACGCUAAUUCGCGGCAGCGUACGCGUGAGCCGGAUGCUGAGGGCGGAGUUGCGGGGGAAGAUUUCGACCCAGAUCAACCCGCGGAAGAGAGACGCGAAAUUCAUAGCGGUUAUCGGCAUCUCCACCGGGAUCUAUACGAGAACAAUGAUGAGUAUCUAAAAGGAGAUUCAACGGGUAUACACGAUACCGUACGGAAAGCAAAUAUACAAUUUGCAGGUGUGAAGCAGCCUGCAGAAGCAGCCAUGGACUCCAAGCUUCUAGUGAGCGCGGCGGAUGCAUCGUACCGCAAAACAAUCCGCCUAACUGCGGGCAAUAUUGCUCAAGGUGUUGAUGUAGAUGAGUUCGUCUCAAAGUGUAUCACUUACAUGAGACUGGGAUCUGGGAUUGCGGAAGACGAUGCAGCAGAACUGACUGCUACUCAACAGCAUCGUCGGAGGCCGGGUCGGGGAGCCCUAGGGGACGAAGGAGACGACGAUGAUGAUAUCGGUGACGAGGGUGAUAUGUUCAAUUGGGAGCAUAUUGGUCGAUUCGCUUGUCUUCCAAAUAUUAAACGCCCGGCAACACCAGGUUUUCUCCUCGGUCCCCUCUCCGCGGAGGUGAAGAAACGAAAAAUCGUCAAACGUAGUGCCCCAUUCAGACCCAACAAUCUACAGGAAACGCGGCCCGAGGUUCUAGAUGCUGAAGCUGUACAAAGAUCGGAAAAGAACGAUCUUACUACCAUCUGCUCCAAGAUUCUUCAAAGGCUGAAACAGGUGCAGGAAACGGCCCAGGAUGCCGUAGAGGAUGCCGUUAACCGCGGCGCAACCGAUGAAGACGCACAAAGACUGAUGGACCGCUACGGUCUAAGAGAUACUGGCGGCAUAGAUCUCUUGAGAUUCGUGGUAAAUCCACGAUCCUUUGGGCAAACCGUGGAAAAUAUGUUCUAUGUGAGCUUUCUGAUUCGAGACGGCCGUAUUAAAAUCGACUUCGACAAGAACAAGUUACCAACUCUGAACCCAGUCGGUCGUGAGGAUGAAACAGCCGCCUCCAAGCAUCGAGCUCAGAAACAGCAAGCUGUGUUCUCCAUUGAUAUGAAGACAUGGCGUGAUAUCAUCAGCGCGUUCAACAUCACCGAAUCUAUCAUAGAGCACCGCAAAGAAGAAACUUCUCAAGGACCCGGGUCUCGAGGUUGGUACAAUUAGUGCUAGUUUUGUUGCCAGUCGCAUUUAUCGUAAUGUGUUUCUGGACCUCCUAGUACGGGUUCCAGUGGUUGGUUCGACUGAAGCAAAGCCCACACGAAACAGACUCUAGUUGAUGUGUAUAAAUAAUAGAUAGAUACCCCUAAACCGGUGGAAACCCCAAUUGCAAUAAAAUCAAGCUUGUACACUUGAUUAGUCGUGAACUGCUCCGUAACAAGCUCCGAUCCUUGAGCAUGUCUAUUUUGAAAGGUAC